AUGCACGCGGAGAGUACUCUCUCACUUACCUGUUGGAAGUUGGAUGUCCGCGGCAGGUGUGCAAAGUUGUGACUUAAUGGGUGUGUCGGUAAAGUGAAGUUUACGAGUAUGAAUGUGUUUUGUGGUGCACAUACAGUGUGAUGCACACAGGACGAAAGGCAUUUCAUGGGAUUACCUUGUGAUCGGAUACUUGGGAUACCUCAACUUUCGGCGGGAAUCCCUUAUGCUGACAGCUUCCUGCCAAGAUGGUCAUCGUGACAAGAGGUGAUUAUAUCUGGAUAGAGCCUCAAGCGAAGAGAGAGUUUGAUGUGGCCAUCGGAGCAAGGGUCGCGUCCGCCGAAGGAAGGCGGAUACAGGUCAUCGACGAUGACGGAAAGGAACAAUGGCUUACGCCGGAAAGACGCAUCAAGGCGAUGCAUCCCACAUCUAUACAAGGCGUGGAAGACAUGAUCUCGCUGGGCGACCUUCAUGAAGCUGGCAUCCUUAGGAAUCUUUUAAUUCGAUACAAUGAAAAUCUCAUUUAUACGUAUACGGGCUCCAUCCUGGUGGCCGUCAACCCGUACCAGAUACUGCCAAUUUACACGGCAGAGCAAAUCAAGCUGUAUAAAGACAAGAAGAUUGGAGAGCUGCCUCCACACAUCUUCGCCAUCGGCGACAAUGGUUACACAAACAUGCGCAGGUUUCACGUCAACCAGUGUAUCAUCAUUAGUGGCGAAAGCGGUGCUGGUAAAACAGAAAGUACCAAACUUAUCCUGCAGUACCUCGCAGCGAUAAGUGGACAACAUUCGUGGAUCGAACAACAGAUCUUGGAGGCCAACCCUAUUUUAGAAGCCUUCGGAAACGCGAAGACAAUACGCAAUGACAAUUCGAGUCGGUUUGGGAAGUACAUCGAUAUCCACUUCAAUAAGCAAGGAGUCAUUGAAGGAGCAAAGAUUGAGCAGUACCUGCUCGAAAAGUCACGUAUCGUAAGCCAGGCGCAGUACGAAAGGAACUACCACAUAUUUUACUGCAUGCUUUCGGGGCUGAGCAAGGAAGACCAGAAGAAGCUGGAAUUGCAAGAUGCAUCAAAGUAUCACUACUUGACUCAGGGUGGUAGCAUAACAUGCGAAGGUCGAGAUGACGCUGCAGAGUUCGCGGACAUUCGGUCAGCGAUGAAAGUACUCAUGUUCUCGGACCACGAGAUUUGGGACAUCCUCAGGAUUUUGACGAUUGUGCUGCAUUUGGGAAACAUCAAGUACAAACCUACGUUGAUUGACAAUCUGGAUGCAGUUGAGAUUGUAAACUCUUCUUGCGUACAAAGUGCAGCCAAGCUCCUCGAGGUGAACCAGCAGCACUUGAUUGACGCACUGACAACCAGAACAAUUUUCGCUCACGGUGACACCGUGGUCUCGACCAUGAGCUCAGAUCAGUCGAAAGAUGUUCGAGAUGCUUUCGUUAAAGGCAUCUACGGUAGAAUGUUCAUCUGGAUUGUCAAUAAAAUCAACUCUGCCAUCUACAAGCCCAAGUCUGCUUCCGGGCACUACAGGACCUCCAUUGGUGUGCUGGACAUAUUCGGGUUUGAGAACUUCAAAGUGAAUAGCUUUGAGCAGUUCUGCAUCAACUACGCCAACGAGAACUUGCAACAGUUCUUCGUGCGGCAUAUCUUCAAACUCGAACAGGAAGAAUACAACUUGGAAUGCAUCAACUGGCAGCACAUUGAGUUUGUAGACAAUCAGGACUGCCUCGACCUUAUUGCGGUGAAGCCCCUGAAUAUCAUGGCGCUUAUUGACGAGGAAAGCAAGUUUCCCAAGGGAACCGACCAGACAUUGCUCAACAAGCUGCAUAAGCAGCACGGCACAAAUAAAAACUACCUCAAGCCAAAAUCUGACAUCAAUACUGCCUUUGGGCUCAGUCAUUUUGCUGGUGUUGUCUUCUACGACACAAGGGGCUUCCUAGAGAAGAACAGAGAUACAUUCAGCGCUGACCUUAUCCAGCUCAUUCAAGUCAGCAAUAACAAAUUCCUUCAGAAUUUGUUCGUAAACGAUAUUGGCAUGGGAACAGACACGCGAAAGAAGACGCCAACCCUGAGCGCACAGUUUAAACGAUCACUGGAUUCUCUCAUGAAAGCCCUGAGCCAAUGUCACCCUUUCUUCAUUCGGUGCAUCAAGCCCAAUGAAAGCAAGAAGCCCAUGAUGUUUGACAGAGAGCUGUGCUGUAAACAGUUGCGGUACUCUGGCAUGAUGGAGACAAUCCGCAUUCGUCGUGCUGGAUACCCCAUCCGACACACAUUCAGAGAGUUUGUGGAGCGAUACCGCUUCCUCAUCCCAGGUGUUGGUCCGGCUCACAAGGUGGACUGUAGGGCUGCUACGACCAAGAUCACAGCUGCUGUGCUUGGCAAGAACGACUACCAGAUGGGCAAGACAAAAGUGUUCCUCAAGGACGCUCACGACCUGUUUCUGGAGCAAGAGCGCGACAGGGUGCUCACACGCAAGAUCCUUAUUCUCCAGAAGGCAAUUCGGGGCUGGUACUAUCGCCGCAGGUUCCUUAAAAUGCGUGCAAGUGCUGCUACCAUACAGCGCUGCUUUCGGACCUACCUUCAGCGAAAGCGAUUCCUGGCUAUGCGAACUGGCUACCAGAGGCUCCAGGCACUCAUCAGAUCUCGCAUCCUGUCUCACAGAUUCAAGCAUCUUCGAGGACACAUUGUUGCUCUUCAGGCACGCUGCAGAGGCUUUUUGCAGCGUCGCGAGUAUCACAAAAAGGCAGCAGCUAUUGUGAAGAUCCAAGCAUUUGUUCGUCGUGUUAUUGCUCAGAAGCACUACCAGAGGAUGAAGGUUGAGCACCAAAUUGUCUUGGAAGCCCUAAGACUCAGGGAACAGGAGGAGGCUAUACUCAAGAAGCAAAUGAAUCACAAGAAGGCAAAAGAGAUUGCAGAACAGAAGUUCAGGGAACGUCUCCAAGAGAUGCAAGUUCGUCAACAAGAGGAGGAUGUGUUGGUCCAGAGGAACCUGGAACAGAAGAUGGCCGUCAUCAAGGAUGCAGCUAAUCGCCAGGAUGAGCCACUUGAUGAUUCAAAGCUGGUGGAUGUCAUCUUCGAUUUCCUUCCUCGAUCCGAGUCGGUCAACGAUCAGGUGGCACCGUCUGCUUUUAAGGAUUUGGAGGCAUCCCGCGAAAAUGCCAUUAACGGCGGUGAGGUGGAAGGAUCAAUUCCUGCAGUCCCAGAUGACAAGGAAGACUUGACGGUGUACAAGUUCCAGAAGUUUGCGGCGACAUACUUUCAAUCUAGUGCCAGUCAUCAGUAUCAGCGGAAGCCUCUGAAAGCCUCCUUGUUGACCCUUCAGACACAAGGAGAUUCCAUGGCAGCCUUGGCACUUUGGAUAACCAUCCUUCGUUUUAUGGGUGACCUCCCUGAGCCAAAGUUUCACACUAUGGACAGGGACAACACUUCAGUCAUGAGCAAAGUGACCGCUACGCUCGGAAGAAAUUUCGUGAGAAGCAAAGACUUCCGUGAAGCACAAAUGAUGGGCGUAGACACGGAUUCUUACACCAAGCAAAAAUCACGAAGCAUACGGAACAAGCUUGUGUCGCUGACACUAAAGCGUAAGAACAAGAUCACCGAGGAUGUCAGACGUCACCUCCAAGAGGAGGAGCUGGCUGCCGACAACUACAGUCACUGGUUGGAGAGCCGUCCCACUUCCAACCUGGAGAAGCUCCACUUCAUAAUUGGUCAUGGCAUUUUGCGUGAGGAGCUCAGGGAUGAAAUCUACUGCCAGAUCUGCAAGCAGCUCACAAACAACCCUGAAAAGAACUCCCACGCACGUGGUUGGAUCCUCCUUUCACUUUGUGUUGGCUGCUUUGCUCCAUCAGAGAAGUUUGUGAAGUACCUACUGAACUUCAUAAGGGAGGGUCCGCCGGGCUACGCCCCAUACUGUGAAGAGCGUCUGCGAAGAACCUUCAUGAACGGAACUCGUGGGCAGCCGCCAUCUUGGCUCGAGCUUCAGGCAACAAAAUCUAAGAAGCCUCUGAUGCUUCCCAUCACGUUCAUGGAUGGCAACACAAAGACUCUCUUGGCAGAUUCCGCCACUACAGCACGCGAACUCUGCGCUCAGUUGUCCUCCAAGAUUGGUGUGCAAGAUCAGUUUGGAUUCUCCCUCUAUAUUGCACUCUUUGACAAGGUAUCGUCACUAGGCAGCGGAGGAGAGCAUGUGAUGGAUGCCAUCUCACAGUGUGAACAGUACACUAAGGAGCAAGGCGCUCAAGAACGCAAUGCUCCCUGGCGCCUGUUUUUCCGUAAAGAGAUCUUUGCCCCAUGGCACGAUCCCACUCAGGACCCCGAAGCGACCAACCUAAUUUAUCAGCAAGUUGUGCGAGGAGUGAAAUUUGGAGAGUACAAGUGUGACAAAGAAGAGGACCUGGCUAUGAUAGCUGCCCAACAGUACUACGUCGACCAGGGUGCUGAAAUAAACAUGGACACUCUGCUAGCCCUCCUGCCUACAUAUAUUCCCGAUAGCUACCUUCAAGCCAGCGAUAAGGCACUUGACCGAUGGGCCAGUCUCAUUGUACAGGCUGCCAACAAGAGCUACUACUACCGAGAGCAAGCAGACCCACUACGAGUCAAAGAAGACGUAGUUGAAUACGCCAAGUUCAAGUGGCCCUUGUUGUUUUCUCGUUUUUACGAAGCCCUACGGCUGUCUGGGCCUCCAUUGCCCAAGAAUGAUGUUAUUCUAGCGAUAAACUGGACAGGGGUCUACCUGGUAGAUGAACAGGAGCAGGUUCUCCUGGAACUGUCUUUCCCGGAAAUAACAUCGGUAUCGAGUCAGAAGGGCAAUCGGCCAUUCUUGCAGAGCUUCACUGUCACGACUGUACGCGGCGAAGAGUUCAGCUUCCAGUCGCCAAAUUCUGAAGACGUUAGAGACCUGGUUGAAUUCUUCCUCGAAGGCCUAAAAUCGCGAUCCAAGUUUGUCAUAGCAUUGCAAGAGUACAAAGGUGACUCUUCCAACUACUUGAGCUUUGAACAAGGCGAUUUGAUUCUUUUAGAAGACAACAUGUGCGGUGAAGUAGUGCUUAAUAACAACUGGUGCACUGGACGCAAUGAGCGCACAGGCGAAAAGGGGGACUUUGCAUCAGAAUACGUCUAUGUUCUUCCGUCCCUUGCCAAACCUCCUCCCAACAUCCUGGCCUUGUUCAGUCAAGACGGUGCAGAAAAUGGCAAGAAGCUGUUCCAGCACACUCAAACAAAUGGGGUUGAGAACCACGACCACCCCCACACGCUAGAGGAGUACGCCAUGGAUUACUUCAGACCUUUGCCAAAGAAGACACUGCAGCGUACCUUGACCCUCUCAACUGCAAGGCGGAGGGACGGAGACCAACUGUGGCGCCAUUCCAGAGAGCCUUUGAAGCAGCCUCUUCUGAAGAAACUACUCAACAAGGAAGAGCUCAGUCAAGAAGCAUGCUUUGCUUUCAGUGCUAUAUUAAAGUACAUGGGUGACCUGCCAUCAAGGAGAACAAGAGCAGGCAAUGAGCUGACAGACCAAAUGUUUGAAGGACCCCUCAAGCAUGAGAUUCUCCGUGAUGAGAUCUACUGUCAAAUUAUGAGGCAACUUACAGACAACAAGAACAGGUUAAGUGAAGAGAGGGGAUGGGAGCUAAUGUGGCUGGCAUCUGGACUAUUUGCACCAAGCCAGUCCCUCCUCAAGGAACUGAUGCACUUCCUACGUUCUCGAGCUCAUCCCAUCUCUAUAGACUCACUCCAAAGGCUUCAAAAGACGCUACGGACAGGACAGCGAAAGUACCCACCUCACCUAGUCGAGGUGGAAGCAAUCCAGCAUAAGACAACGCAGAUAUUCCACAAGGUUUACUUCCCAGAUGAUACGGACGAGGCGUUUGAAGUUGACUCUGGCACUCGGGCAAAAGACUUCUGUCUUAACAUCAGCCAGCGGCUAAACUUGAAGUCUGCCGAGGGAUUCAGUCUCUUUGUAAAAAUUGCUGACAAGGUAAUAAGUGUGCCCGAGGGAGACUUCUUCUUUGACUUUGUUCGGCACCUGACCGACUGGAUUCGUAAAGCGAGGCCUACAAGGGAUGGUUCUAUACCCCAGUUUACAUACCAAGUCUUCUUCAUGAAAAAACUAUGGACCAAUACUGUUCCCGGCAAAGACAGGAAUGCUGACACAAUCUUCCAUUUUCAUCAGGAACUUCCAAAGCUUCUCCGAGGUUACCACAAGUGCACGAAAGAUGAAGCUGGACGUCUUGCUGCGCUCAUCUACAGAGUCAGGUUUGGGGAGAGCAAAGUAGAACUUCAAGCCAUACCGUCCAUGCUACGUGAACUUGUGCCAACAGACAUGAUGAAGGCGCAGAGCGCAAAUGACUGGAAGCGGGCCAUAGUAGCUUCGUACAACCAAGAUGCUGGCAUGUCUCCAGAGGAGGCCAAAUGCACCUUCCUGAAAAUUAUUUACAAGUGGCCAACAUUUGGGUCGGCAUUCUUUGAGAUCAAGCAAACAACAGAACCAACGUACCCAGAACAGUUGCUGAUCGCUAUCAACAAGCAGGGCGUCAGCUUAAUACACCCAGUCUCCAAGGAGAUCCUAGUCACACACCCAUUCACAAGAAUUUCCAACUGGAGCAGUGGUAACACAUACUUCCACAUGACUAUUGGGAACCUGGUGCGUGGCAACAAGCUACUUUGCGAAACCCCCUUGGGUUACAAGAUGGACGACUUAUUGACAUCGUACAUCAGCCUGCUGCUGAUAAACAUGAACAAGCAGCGAACGCUCAGAGUGAAGCAGUGAAAAAGUGUAUGCAGACGACACAGGCAGUGGGCCUUUCCCACAGUUCUAAGGAGGCAGCUCACAAUGACAGCUAAAUCUUACCGUUCCACUUUCUUACGAUGCAAGAUACAUGUGAAAAUUAUCCUGCGUGUGACACCCUAUCCAAGUACGGGACAGAGUACAGAGUGUUGUGUCCCACAUUGCCUUUGCACUCGGAUGCAAGCUGUAUAUGUGCAACAUGUGCACAUGGCAACAUUUGAAAUACGCAGCUAGUACUUGUCAUGGUUGCCUUAUAGUCCUGACUCAUACCAGACGCAAAAGUAUACAUAUUCUAUAGUAAUUAUUUUUGUUAUACCGCAAAGUGGAAGGACAACAUUACAGAGCAUUUAUUUUCAUGUGCACGUGUAAAGUGAUGUGAAGUGGUGUCAAGGAAGGCACCAGAAAGGCAUCUCGCUGACAAAGGCUAGUGGAAAUGCUCUGUUGCCCAAUGGUUGUUCAUAUUCUUUUGACGUCACCUACGCUGUGUCAGCAUUGUUUUGAGGAUUUCAACACCAUAAAGACUGUGACCUUACUGUGUGUGUUUAAAAGGUUACUGCUGCAAAACCAUUGAUGUUCGCAAGCCCCUGCACGCUCAUUCACACAAAUCUCACGAAUUGACUCGAUUUCACAGGAAUUCAGAUAAUUCAGAAAUUUCAAGAAGGAAUUGAUGCUAUAAAAACUAAGCUCUAAUUGCAGACUUUAUUUUCACAGUUGGUUGUACAGGUUAUUAGUAGCAAGCAUGUGCAAUGCUACUUUCACCCAACGGCGGAACAGGAGCUUCUGGCUUAUCACCAAUGAACGCAAAAACUUUAGCAUCCAGAACUCAUGAAAUUUAGUUGCCGCAAAUACGUACCCUGUAUACGUCUAGUAAAAAAAGAAAGGAAGGCCACAAAAUUGAAGGGUUUUAGACUAUUAAAUGAUCGUUGGAGUCCUGAACUAUUUUAGCAAACUCUGUGGGUACAAAACCGGUGUUGUGCCUUUCCCUCCAUGCGCAAAUCUCCUAUCUGGGUGCUUGUCGAUUGAAACAUAUAAUAUGCGAACGUUAUCACCUCAUCCGUGAUUAUAGAAAGGAUCAAUCUCAGUCAAGUUAAGCAGGUGGAGCUAAGCAAAGACGACUUUGAUGGAAUCUUAAACAGCAUCUCCAAGUUUUGCCUUUUUAUCGGAGUGGACUCUGGCUGCAAGUGAAGCAGACCUGCUAAAUUAUUUUAUGCGAAGCAUCAUCUUCAAUCAUUAAAAUGAUCUACUGUAACUAACUUGUUCGCUGCUUGUGUCCUCCAAGAGGAUUAAAUGGGCAGCAUGGGUUGUGGCUGAAUAUUUUUGUACAAAGUAUGACGUUGUGGUUUGCACUGUAUCGAAGUGUUACCUCUUCAACUACUGACAUGCGUUGUUGCCAUUUGUUGCAGCUGGAGACUAUUUUUGUGACCGUAUGCAGAACUCUUUUAACUAUGCUUCAUGUUUUUUUUUUAGAAGUGAAGCAUGGAUGUACUUUAGGGAAUCUCUUUGGUAUGACUGCAGUGUGGCUACAAUCAUGUUUUCUGAGAAAAAUAAACAAUGUAACAUAA